AGGUUUGCAGCCAAGGUGCGAGGUGCCCAAAAGCCCAAAUGGAAUGUAAUAAUGUACUGCAAAGGUGUGUCUUCUCCUCCCCAUCAAUGCAGUAGUCCUUAUCCCGUCUGGCCAUUUGAUGGUCUGCACAAACUGCCGGUCCGAACUGCAAAGGCCCGGCCUGGGGAAACCACCACACCUGAUCUUUAUCAUGACGGACGACCAGGGUUACGGUGACGUGGGCUACCACGGCUCGGACAUCCGCACGCCUGAGUUGGAUCGGCUGGCGGCUGAAGGAGUGAAACUGGAAAAUUAUUACGUUCAACCUAUCUGCUCACCCUCUCGGAGUCAACUCAUGACAGGACGCUACCAAAUCCACACGGGCCUGCAGCAUUCAAUCAUCCGUCCACGUCAAGCCCUCUGCCUCCCUCCGGAUGCGCCCACCCUCCCCGAGCGCCUGUCCGAAGUGGGUUACGCCACGCACAUGGUGGGCAAGUGGCAUCUAGGCUUUUGCAGGCCCGGCUGCUUACCCACGGGACGGGGCUUCCACACUUACUUGGGUACGCUCACUGGUAGCGGAGACCACUUCACCUAUCAGAGCUGUGAUAACGCUCAAGCUUGCGGAUUUGACCUCCACGACGGAGAACGGCCGGCGUGGGAAAUGGCGGGAAAUUACUCCACUCUGCUUUAUGUCAACAGAGUGAAGCAGAUCCUGAAAGGUCACGACCCCAACACUCCUCUCUUCCUCUACAUUUCCCUCCAGGCUGCGCACACACCCCUUCAAGCGCCUGACCGUUUCCUGGACUUGUACACAUCUCAGAGCAACCACGUGCGACGUCACUACGCGGCCAUGCUCAGCUGCCUGGACCACGGCGUGGGUCAAGUGGUCCGUCAGCUGAAAGAGAGCGGUCUUUACGAAAACUCGGUAGUGAUCUACUCGUCUGAUAAUGGCGGACAGCCACUGUCCGGUGGAAGCAAUUGGCCACUACGGGGCGGAAAGGGGACAUACUGGGAGGGUGGCAUCAGAGCAGUGGGCUUUGUGCACAGUCCCCUUCUGAAGAUCAAGGGCGUAAUCAACAAGGCUCUCAUCCACGUUUCCGAUUGGUACCCAACCUUGUUGUCCCUGGCCGGCAUGCCGCAGUUCCUUGAGGGUCUGGAUGGUCACGAUGUUUGGGGCACAAUCAGCGAGGGUCUUCCCUCCCCUCGCACGGAAAUCCUGUUCAACAUCGACCCGGUCUCUAGGAGGCCCGGGGAGCCCUACGACAAAGCCUUGGUGCUCAACGGCUUCGGGAUCUGGGACACGGCAGUGAGGGCGGCUAUCAGGGCCGGGGAUUGGAAGCUGUUGACCGGAAACGUGGGGGACGGCGACUGGACGCCUCCGCGGGCGUUUGUCGACGGCCCUGAGCGCUGGCAGGAGCUGGAGAAGCGGCGCAACGAAGUGGGGAAGUCCGUAUGGCUCUUCAACAUAUCCGCCGACCCUUACGAGAGGUGCGAUUUGGCCCGAGCUCGGCCGGAGAUCGUCAAGCAUCUCCUGACCAGGCUGGCCGAGUACAACCGGACCGCAGUGGCGCCGAGAAACCCGCCCGAUGAUCCUGUGGCCGACCCUGAGCUGCGAGGUGGGGCUUGGGGACCCUGGUUGGGACUGGAGGGCCAAGAGGGGCAGGACGAAACGGGGGGUGGAAGGAUGGACGGUAGGACAAAAGUGAAGCAGUGCAAAUUGUGCAAAUUAAAAGCACUUUUUAAAAAAUUGAGGUCACGUCUGCAGAAGAAUGCCGUCUUCUUCUGA